CUCACCCGUGCACCCGGCACAAGGCCCAGGGUUGACGGGGUUUGGUGGGGGAAAGAAAGGGUCAUGCCAAUGACUCCUUCCAGGACUUUGGGCCCAGCACUGCCCUUCUUUGGGCCUUAAUUGCCCCCUAUGUAAGUGGGCAUGGGUCUUUCGUCACCUCGGCAGGCUGGUGGGUAAUGGAGCAGAUGUGAACACACUGGUGGGUCUAUGGGCCAUGUGACAGGUUGGCGCCAUCGCAAUAUCGGUCACUUGCAGGGCAGCCAGAGCCACAGUGCGGGGCAAGCGUCCAAGGGACGGACAGCCUCUCGCUGUCCUCCUGCAGAGAGGCCUCCUUCCUGAACAAGGAAGAAAGCAACAAAACUGAUGAGUGUUCUGAUGCAUCAUGAACCCCGGCUAUAAAAGCCCUCCCCGCCCUCCGCAGCCGGCCCGCUCGCUCCCCGGAGCGCUCAGCUGCAGGGCUGGAGCCACAUGUGCCCGCGACAAGGUGCAAGGAAGGUGUAGCCGGUCUGCCCUUCCUUCCCCGUGAGACAGGGCCACAUCGUCUGCAAAUGACCAAGAGAUCACCAGAACCCCACCCCACCAGCCCAUACGCCUCAUCCCUUGCAUAGACUAGGAUGGACACAUCUGUGCUACAGAGAGCCACAAGUCAGAGCGGGCUCUGAUCCAUGGAGCGGCGCCUCACGGUCCUGCAGGUGAGCCUGCACCACCCCUCGCUCUGCCCGGCCGCCUUCGCCAACGUCCCGCCACGGCUGCAGCACGACACCAGCCGGCUGCUCGUCGGGCGGGGGCGGGACGCCCACCUGCGGCUGCAGCUCCCCAACCUGUCCCGCCAACACCUGUCCCUGGAGCCCUACCUGGAGAAGGGCCGCGCCCUGCUGGCCUUCUGCCUCAAGUGCCUGAGCCGCAAGGGCCGUGUGUGGGUCAAUGGCCUGCGGCUGAGCUACCUGGAGCAGGUGCCCCUGAGCCCCGUCACCAGGGUCUGCUUCUCCGGCGUUCAGAUGGUGGUCCGCGUGGAGGAAGGCACCUCCCUCACGGCUUUUGUCUGCUGCUUCCACCUCAGCCCCUCGCCCCUAAUCUGCAGAGCCGAGGCGGAGGAGACCGACGAAUGGGAAGGGCUCCCCCAGGAGCAGCCUGCCCCAGGUUCGGGCGAGCAGGCUCCGGGCCACCUGGGCUUUCCCCACAGCCCUCCCCACACUCGGGACAGCCCUCCCCAGCCCGGCCCUGGAGCAGGGCCAGAAAUAUAGCUCCCGAGGGAGCCCCCAGACGGUGCGCUCUGCCAGCCCAGCCGUGAGAGCAAGGCUCUGCUGAAACCGGACUGGAGCUCUCUGAGCUGCAUCACACGUGGUUGACAUGC